AUGCCACCACCACUGGGCUGUACUGACUAUGAUUUCUCACUUGGUGAGGAGGUGGUUUUUGGCCCCUGCACCCCGCAGCUGCAGGGCAGCGCGGUGGUGCAGGUUCCCCCACAGAACCUGUCUUCCCCUGAGCCGUGCUGGAGGGACCUGGCAGACCAGCACCAGAAAGCACUGGGAGAUGCCCUGGAAGCAAACAGCCAGCUGCAGGAGACCCUCACACAGAGGCAGGAAGAGCUGGUGACACUGCGAGAGAGCAACGUGCAGCUGAAGGAGCUGGCAAGUCAGGCCAGGCAGCUGGCUGCUGUUCUUGACACGCUGAUGCUCCCGCAAAGCGCCGACGGGACAGUCCUUCCUCCUCUUCCUCCUCAUCAUCCUUUACCUCCUCCGCCCGCCGCCGCUGCCGCCGCCGCUGCCCCGGCCGGGAGCGGCGCGGAGGAUGCGGAGGGCGUGGACGCCAUGCUGCGCGCCGUGUCCGACAAGUGUCGCGCCGCCCUCCCGGGACGCAGCCCCACCGCCAAGCGCCCGCGGGCGGGCCCGCGGCUGCACGGCGCCUUCCGCGGGCUGCGCACCGGCCGCGCCGCCCCGCGCCCGGCCGGCAGCGAGCUGGAGGGCGGCGGCAGCCUGCGGGCGGCGCUGGGGGAGGCGGGCUCCAUCCGCACCCUGGCCUUCCCGCAGGGAAACGCCUUCACGCUCCGCACCGCCGCCGGCGGGCACCGAUUCCGGUGGGUGCCGCGCUGAGCCCGCCGCUCCGCGCCCCGGCCUCUGCGGAGGGGGGCCGGCAGCGCACAGCCCUCGGCACGCUCCCCGUUUUCUCUUGGAAAAGGGGUGUUCGCGCUUUCCCCCCGGUGCCGGAGAAGCGACGGGAGGGCGCGGCAGAGGCGCCGUGCCUCAGCGAGGGUGCAGCGGCACAGCG